AUGAGCGCGAUAGUGAACGCGGCUGCUGACGUGAUCACGGGCUCAGCUAUCGCCGCCGCCGCAGGUACGCAGGUUGCUUGGUUCAUACCGAUGUUAGUAGCAGCUAUAGCAUACUAUCAAUAUGAUCAAACGGACCCCGAGGGACGACCGGCGAAUGUGGCCAGCACGCACUUGCUACCGGAAUAUGACUUCAUCAUUGUAGGCGCCGGUUCUGCCGGCGCCGUAGUAGCAAACAGGCUUUCGGAAAUCGGUCACUGGAAAGUACUCCUCUUGGAGGCUGGUGGAGAUGAGACAGAGAUAUCGGACGUCCCUCUUCUUGCGGGAUACUUGCAGCUUAGCAAACUGGACUGGAAGUACAAGACCGAGCCCCAAGGCACGAGCUGUUUAGCUAUGGAGGGCGGACGGUGUAACUGGCCACGUGGGAAGGUACUCGGAGGCAGUUCGGUGCUGAACUACAUGCUAUAUUUACGAGGCAACAGGAAAGACUAUGAUAUUUGGGAGUCAUUGGGGAAUAAAGGCUGGGGAUAUAAAGAUGUGCUGUAUUAUUUCAAGAAAUCUGAAGACAACCAGAAUCCGUAUCUGGCACAGACACCUUACCACAGCACUGGCGGAUAUUUAACAAUCUCUGAAGCUCCAUAUCACACUCCCCUUGUAUCAAGUUUCAUUGAGGGAGGAUUAGAAAUGGGGUAUAUAAAUAGGGACAUCAAUGGUGAAAAUCAGACAGGCUUUAUGGUGGCACAGGGAACCAUUCGACGCGGCAGCCGAUGCUCUACAGCAAAAGCCUUCUUAAGACCGGCAAAAGAUCGUCGAAAUCUACACAUAGCAAUGCACUCGUUCGCCACAAAAGUUUUAAUAGAUCCAAGAAGUAAAAUCGCUUUUGGCGUUGAAUUCGUUCGUAACAAAAUGAUUCAUCGCAUUAGAGCUCGUAAAGAAGUGAUCCUAUCGGGCGGAACAAUAAACUCCGCUCAACUGCUGAUGCUAUCGGGUAUAGGACCUGCGGAAGAACUAACGAAACAUCGUAUCCCCGUGAUACAAAAUCUCCAAGUUGGAAAAAACCUUCAAGAUCAUAUCGGACUGGGAGGUUUGGCAUUUAUGGUUAAUAAAAAGAUCGCCAUAGUGGAACACCGACUGCAUACUGUUAGCACAUUGAUGGAGUAUGCAGUACUGGGUGAAGGACCGUUAACCAUCAUGGGAGGGGUGGAGGGUGUAGCUUUUGUUAACACAAAGUAUGUGAAUGCAACUGACGACUACCCGGAUAUUGAGUUUCAUUUCAUUUCUGGCUCAACCAAUUCUGAUGGCGGCGAACAAUUACGAAAGGUUCAUGGAUUGACCGACGCAUUCUACAACGCUGUCUUCCGUCCUAUAAACAAUAUGGACGUAUGGAGUAUAAUCCCUAUGUUACUGCGACCAAAAAGCAAGGGAUUUAUCCAACUUCGAAGUGCGAAUCCGUACGAUUACCCAUAUAUUUAUCCAAACUAUUUAAUGGACGAGAGGGACGUUAAGACGCUAGUAGAAGGCGUUAAAAUUGCAGUCGCUUUAUCCAGAACUAAAGCUUUCCAACGUCACGGAUCAAUCUUGAACCAGCACAUGUUCCCCGCUUGCUCUAAAUUACAAUUAUAUAGUGACGCGUAUUGGGAGUGCAUGAUCAGGCAGUACACCUGCACGAUUUACCAUCCGGUCGGCACUGCUAAGAUGGGACCGUAUUGGGAUCCUGAGGCCGUCGUCGAUCCCGAAUUAAGAGUUUACGGCGUGAAAGGCUUACGUGUUAUAGAUGGCAGCAUAAUGCCCAAUUUAGUAAGUGGUAACACAAACGCUCCCAUUAUUAUGAUCGGCGAAAAGGGCAGCGAUAUGAUUAAAGAAUUUUGGCUACGUCGAAGGAUGUCUAAAUAUUACGCGUGA